GUUGCUGGGGCACAUUGAGUCGCCUGUGAAGCACAGGAACAGAAACGAGCUUAAAAAAUCUGUUCCUGCUGUGUCUGGAAGAUGCUGCUGGAAAUGUUCCUGUGGAAAUAGUUGUCUACACACUCCUGUUAUUAUCUGUUUCACCCAGGAGAAGCCCCGGCCUUUGUGUACUUGCUGUGCCUUAUCAAACUGUGGACCAUGAUGGAGCAAAGAAGAGCCUUAACUAUUCCAUUCAACGUUGACAAGGAUAACUUGAUGGAAAACCCACUCAAAAUCUCCAUGCCAUGUGUUUCAUCAGAGUGUGGGAAGUUAGAAAGACAGGUUUCCUGGACGGCAUUUGCAGGAUGCAGACGCCGAAAUCAUGAUUCGCCGCAUAAAAAUGGAUCCAUGCUGUUAGAUCAUAAGCAUGCAGCCAUGAUCAAAUUGGAAAUGGCCAGGAGGAAGCCAUGUCUAAUCCUGACCAAUGUCCUGGAAACGGAGCUGGGUAAGGCCUAUAUGGAAAGGAUAAGACUGAGUCACACUUCGGGGAAUCGAGGACAAGUGAUGCCUUCACGGAGGGAGAGUGGACGAUGCAAAGAGGAACCUCAGAUCGGCAGAGAAAUGAAGUCCAGUGAGAAGGAAACCAGGAGUGAUAAAAACAAGACUGUAACACCUAAACAGAACCAGAAGACCACGUCAUCACCCGCUCAAAGGUCGAGAAUCAGGAGAAGGUCGCAAAAUGUUGGUGACGAAGUUGACGUAGAAGAAAACAAAGAUAUCCAGGAGGUGAUAAUAGGAAAGGACAACGGAGACAAGUUUGAAGUUGUAGAUUGUGGGUUGUCAGUGAGCUGGAAACCUGCCAAGGAUACAGGAAGCGGUGAUGAGUUCUCUCCAGCUAACAUCAAGGACGGGUGGACUGAUCCAGACAAAGAAGUACAACACAGUUUGAAGAGAAAAAUGAGGGAUGCAAGCUCCCAGUGCAAUGGGACAAGCAGCCCCAAACGCCACCGUGAGAGUGUGCUUCGCCUCACUGGAGAGGACGGCAGAGAUGGAAGACCGACCCCUACACGUACUGGUCUGGAAGACAGUGGAGAGGAUGGAGAUUUGGAGAGCCUGGACAGAACGAUUGUACAGUUCACGGUGGGAGGAGAUGAUCAAACAGAUGUCCUGGUCCCAGUCAUUGAUCCUCAUUUGGUAGCCGGAGACUUAAUUGGUUCCCCAAGACGAAGUCUAUCGUCCAGCCAGGACAACACGACCACAGCCAGCCCCUCUGAACCCAGUGAGUACACCAGCACAGGACGGGGUCUAAACUCGGUGCUGCGUGUAGUUGUAGAUCCUGGUUCAGUGGAAGCUUCUAACAUCCCCAGUAUAGAUUACUCCUUCUUCAUGCUGCACAGUGGAGGAUACCAAGGGAAAGCGAGCGGAGACAUCAUGAUCACAGACCAAGAAAUCGUCAUCCCGCUGACAGACGCUGAUGAAGAGGAGGAGGUGGUGUUAACCUUGGAGCGUAAAGACCUGAGGAGGUACAGCGUGUGGGAGCAGCAGGACCUGGAGGACCGGGAGUUUUACUUUGACAGCGACGAGGAACCUCAGCCAUCCGCCGUCCUUCUGUUGUGUGUGUCAGAAACUGCUGCAGCUGAUGUACAGCGAGAGCUUCUAAAGCUGGGCGUCAGACGCAAUGGAGCCACGAACACUGAUAUGCCGAGCCCCUUCCUCUUGCUGACUCUGAGGAAUCCUGUGGAGGGGAUGGAAGGGGCUCUGAUGCGCUCCCUCCUGGACAUUGACUGUCUCAACAGUCUUUCAAAUGAAAAAUCCAUCCAUGGUGCCGACAGACUUAGCUGCUUUGGAGACUUCCUCUCUCCGGUUCUUUCUCUGGAUGAGAGCAUAGAGAUGAUCAGAAGGUCUGGACGGGACUCUUACCUGCUGUCUCUGCUGGGCCUGGUGACCACUGACCCACGACUUUUCUCAAACGAGGAUGAUCUACAUUUUGAUACAGACAAAGACACAACAGCACACAUCCAACUGGAGUUUGAGUCACAGAAAGAGACAGUGCCUGAGCUGGAGGACGAACAAGAAACGGGGACACAAGUUAAACCAGAAAAGGAUCAGAAAGAAAAAGAGUCUGAACUUCCAUCCGAGAAAAAGGACGAGCCCGCUCCUGUAUACACACUGUGCCAUCGGAGAAGCAAAGACUCCUACUUUACGUCCCUGUGCGUACCAGACUCCAGCUGGACUAAAUUUAAACAUCAUGGCCAGGCUCGCAGGCUGAUCCAAUUUCCUCCUCCGCCACUGAAAGGAGGAAUAACCGUCACCAUGGAGGACCUGCAGUGCCUCGACUCGGGGCAUUUCCUCAAUGAUGUUAUCAUUGAUUUUUACCUCAAAUACCUUCUACACAAAGCCUCUGAUGCAGUGACAGAGCGCUCGCACAUCUUCAGCAGCUUCUUCUAUAAGCAGCUGACGCGGAGGGACAAUGCCAGUGAAGGUGUCACCAACGACUCUUGUCAGAGGCAGAGGCGGCACCAGCGGGUGAAGAAUUGGACACGCCAUGUGGACAUCUUCAGAAAGGACUUCCUGUUUGUGCCCGUCAAUCAGGAGGCUCAUUGGUAUUUAGUCGUCAUUUGCUUUCCUGGUCUGGAGGAGCCAAAAUCGGAGGCCUGGAGUGGUCCAAACUCUGGGAAGAACUCUGAUGGGACGGGCGAGUCACAGGACCAAGAGGCUGCUCAGGGGACUAAAAGCCCAAAUGACAAUGCAGAGACACUACUUACAUCAAACCACAGUGACAGCAUGGACACAGAGACAGAAAAAGCUACAGAAGAAUCCACCAAAGAUCCACCAUCUGGUCCAGUGAACUGCACAGAGACGACCUGCCAGAGGAAAACUGUUAGCAAGAGGCCGUGUAUUCUCAUCAUGGAUUCCCUCAAACGUUCACUUCAUGAGCGAGUCUUCAAACUCUUACGGGAGUACCUGCAGUCAGAGUGGGAAGUCCGUCGUGGUUCAUCGAGGGACUUCAGUCCCGACCAGAUGCAAAGCUCACACUGUCAAGUUCCCCUUCAGGACAACAGCAGCGACUGCGGCCUCUACCUGCUGCAAUACGUCGAGAGUUUUUUGGAGGACCCUGUUGUGCACUUUGACCUCCCUCUCCACCUACAACGAUGGUUUCCCCGGCAGCAGGUGCGAAGGAAACGAGAUGAAAUCAGAGAUCUGGUACUCCACCUUUACCGGCGUCAGAACCUGGAUGGUAACAGAUAAAGUAGCUCUGCGUUUCAGUGCGUCACAUUCCUGUAGCCAUUAAUAAUCACUGCUCAUACUGAGCGACGGACAUUUCAGUGUGAACUGAAAAUAUUUCCUUUGCAUUUAGAUGCUGUUAUUGUUUUAUGCAUUGACUCGAGCAAACAUGUUAACCUCCGACUAUCUGUUGGUCCUGUGAGUGAACACGAAGGCAUCAGUUAAUUUAAAUAAACAGGUAGCUGUCCAUCCAACCAGAAUGAGUUUUACUGUGGAUUAUAUCUAGACAUGAAAAUGUUUGUACACCCCAUGACUUUUUUUUUCAUGGAUUUUAUGCUGCAAGAUAUUUCAUUAAAGUAAUUGAUUUUGUAUUUAUUUUGUAUAUAGAUAUAUAUAUUCAUAGGAAAUUGAUUAAAAUUUUAACAACGUUACACCUAGUUUCUGCAGCAAGUUUUAAAUGUUUUAGUUAGUUGGGUUUAUUUGCUUUACUGAUAAUUAUUAGACAUCAUGUGUGAUGUAAUAUUUCCGUCUCACUCCUGGUUUUUCUAAAGACCGAUUCAUGAUCGGCUUCUAAACACUGUUUUUCUGUUAGAAAACACAACAUUUCUUUUAGUCAACUCUCAUCAAAAGUGUCGAGCGCCUCUAUAAAUCCACCUUCAGCUGUUCUGAUUCUGUGUUCUUGGUAUCAGUACAUUACUGGAUGAACACAGGGAGGGUAUGAAGUACAUUUCCUGCGUUUUCCUUUUUGAAUCUCAUUGUAGAAUGACGUGGAAAUUGGAAAAGUAACAUGAAGCAGCAAUUCCAACUUUUUCUUAUUUUAGAUACGUGUAAAAAAAAAAAAAAACUAAUGUGCCUCACUCAGAUAUCCUUGUUGCCUCCCAGUGCCAGAUAGGAAACAUGACAGUGUCUGCAAAUGACAGUAAACUAGAAUCAUUUACUCAACUCUCUUUGCAACGAAGCUGAUUGUUUAUAUUUUACCAUUUAUCUGUGACUCUCUGCAGUCCCCAGUGGACUCUAAAACUAUACCGGGACACAGUAACUCCGUUUACAUGCUCACUAAUAAUCCACCGUUAUUCUGAAUAUGACGAUAUUCUGGAUUUGAUGUAGGUAAUGUAAACAGCAUAUUCCAGAAUUAGGCCUUUUUCUGAAUGUAACAUUUUCUGAUAAAGACGUGGGAUAUUACAGCUAAUAUUGGGGUUUGAGGAGCAUUGUUUAUGUAUACAGCAAAUUUUGUCUUAGUAUGGGUUUUACUGCAGCUUGGGACGCACAGCCUCUUGCCUGUUUACAGUCAGCUCUGUGUGUUGCACGCUGCACAAACCAACUCACCAACAGAUUGCAAGGCUGUAGGGUAGAGAUACGUGCCCAAAAGAAAAUCCUGCAUUUCUCAUUGGGAGAAGAAACAAACCUACUUUUAAACAUUAUAUUAUGAAAGACUUGGAUAUUAACUGUUCUUUUACAUGCGGAAAAAUCCCAACACUGACCUUUUAAAGAGGAUGGUUGAAGGAAUGAAAGAGGGACACUGAGUUUGUGUGAUUAAACAAGUCCACCACUGAUGGAAAACUUUGCAAAAAUCCUGCAAAUGAGUAAAAUGUCACGAGCUGCUCCAGCAGUUCCUCUUCUCUAUAUUUAGACAUGUUAAACGACACGUCAGGGCACCUUAAUCUGAGUAUGCACAGCUGCAUGUAAUCCGGAGUAGUAUUGUAAUAUUAAUUUUCAUUAGCCAUGUAAACGGCUUAGUAGAAAUAUUGUCUUUUUGCAGAAUUGGGGCAAAAACCAGGAAUAUUUGUGCAUAUCAACAUAGCCACUGGUGUUAACUUUGCCUUCAAAAAUUGGCUGAAUAAGGCUAAAGUGGGAUGUAAGACUAUCAAUACAGACUUCUGUAUAUUGUCAGCUUGUAUAAUGCAUAUUCUAAAUUAUUGUUCUCAUUGUUUUUGAAAUUUUUUGUCUCUUUUGCAUAAACCUUUAUCCAGAUUGACUCCGUAAACGAAUAGCUUCGGUAUUUAGAUGAAAAAGAAAUAAUUUGAUACGAAAUGUGGGAGAAAUAGUUUCCCAUCAUGCAGCCCGAAUCACAGAACAUUGUUUGCUGUGUUCACUCAGUUAUUUUAGUUGCAUCAAAAACAAGGAUAACUUACAUACAACAUAUAAGAAACUCAAGUUCUUAAUUCAUUAUUUCGAUAAGAAUACAACUUGCAAAAAGGUCAGGGGUGCACAUACAUUAGCAUGUCUAUCAGUAUGCUCUCAAAUAUAAAACCUUCCUCACUGAGACCUCAGAGACGCUGCGGCCGUCACUACUGUUGCCUGAAUUCUUCUCAGCAGAGAUCAGUGUUGAUAGUCUUGUAGUUUUUUCCCUGUUUGUUCAGAUGUUUAUACCUCGUUAACACUUUAUGAUGUUAUGUUUUUUAGACAUUGUGUUGGAUGAAUGUACAGCAGCUGAUUCCAAAAUAUCUUUGGUUUCAAUGGUAUAUUAAAACUUGUAGACCAAA